UCACAGGGAUACAGCAGCAGCAGCAGCAUCCGCUCGCGAGCCGCGGGGCCUGCGAUUCACUUGUAAAGAAGCAAGUCGUUGCUGGAUUUGCAGAGAGACUGUGAUUAAAAGCACCACUAAUAUUGGAUCUGCCGAAAAUGACACAGCAAUUCCCAACUUCCCAUUAGCUGUUGAGAAUCCGAGGGACUACAGAUGUAGCCAAAGGAGCAUCGCUUUGCCCCGCUGGUCCUCACAUCCCUGCACUGCAUGGCUUCACCUGCUGGGGUCUUUCAUCGUGUUUCCAUAACCCCAGUCCUGCACACCCUCAUGCUGGGGUCGCAGGCCUUGCACAGACUGACCAAUGACUGCCUGGAUUGUUUUGCCUGUCAGCCUGUCUGCCUUCUCCAUCACUGGGAUAUGGAUUGUUUAUGCCAUGGCAGUAAUGAACCAUCAUGUCUGUCCUGUUGAGAACUGGUCAUACAAUUUGACAUGUACAGAGGAAACAGCGAAGAGGGGCUUUCCAAAAACCUGCUGCACUCUUCAAGACAUCCCGCUUAUCAGUAAAUGUGGUUGCUAUCCACCAGAGAGCUGUCUCUUCAGUUUGAUUGGCAAUGUUGGGGCUUUCAUGGUGGUUAUGGUGUGCAUGCUGCGUUAUGCUCAAGUGAUUGAGCAUAGCCAUCACUGCUGGACCAACACAAGUGCUUUGGUAUCUGGGAGCAUUAAUGCUCUUGGCCUGGUCAUGGUGGGCAACUUUCAGGUUGAUCAUGCCAAGACUCUUCACUAUGUGGGAGCUGGUGUGGCGUUUCCAGCAGGUCUGCUGUUUGUGUGCCUGCAGUGCAUUUUGACGUACCGUAUAGCAGAGACCAUGCUGGACUAUUGGAUGGCUCAUGUGCGUGUCGCUCUCUCAGCUGGAGCUCUGAUAUCACUUGUUCUCAGUGGAAUCUUCUUUGUCCAUGAGAGCUUUGUGUUACAACAUGCUGCGGCCAUCUGUGAAUGGGUCUUUACAGUGCUGGUUUUGGUCUACUAUGGCACCUUCACCUAUGAGUUUGGCACUGUCAACAGCGAUACCAUAAUGGCAGCCUUAAUGAAACGCAGUGAACAUCACCACCCGGGGUCAGGGGUCAUCAUGGGUGGUAUCGGGAAAGGCGUUGCAAUGGGUUGUGGUGCCCGCAGCCUAAAGUCUCCUGGAGGCAGUAGCACCUCCACACACCUCAACUGUACGCCAGAAAGCAUUGCCAUGCUUUAGGUCUUAAGCGAAACAGUAUUCUAUCAGACCUCAACACAUCAAUCCUUUUCUUAUUACACCCAUGUCUCAGAUUUAUUAAAAACUGGUACAAGCAAUAUAGAAUUACUUUGAAUGAUAACAGCAAGUUUGCAAGCUUGUUGAUUUUAAUCUAAUAGUAAUGACCUGCUGGUCGUAACUAAGGGAUUUUGCAUGAGACUGUAUUUUGCAUUGUGUAAAACAACAUAAACAUGUAGAGCACCAUAACCAGCACAUAUACAUAUAUAUAUAUAUAUAUAUCCUUCUCAUGCUGUGUUUACGCAAUAACUCAUUUCUAAAGGUGCAUUGAAACAUUGACAGCUAUUCAAAAAGUCGAAAAUUCUAAAUACUGUUGGGACGCUUCAGCAUUUUUUUUCUGACUGCAGUAUCCAUCUGCAUCAAGAAGCCAAUCACAUUUUCUGUUAUGUCUGAACACUCAUUGGUUGUAGUCUCACCAUGUGUCCUUCCUCAAUUUUAUUGCAUCGCCAGGAGUCACUGUCGCUCAUAACGGCUGAUACAGAAAUUCACUUGUGUUUCAUUCAUAAGGUCCAAUAACUCCACUGUAAAAUUCCUGUCAGAUUAAAUGGCCCUAAAUCUGGCACAGAUCUGCCAGCAACAUCAAGACACUUGGCCAGACAAAGAAGAUAAAUGGCUUAACGUAUCCAACCCUCUUUCACCUUUCUAAUCUGUAGGAACUGUGAUUGGAUCAUAGGUCAAGGCAGAGGACAAACCAUAAAUGUAGCAAUAGAGAUAUUGUUAGUCCAGCUUAACCACCCAUUGAUGCCAAUAGUUGUGGUUGCAGUGAAGUACCUCACCGAUUGUCAUACCUGAGAUGCAAUUGAUCUGUUGAUAUUGUAUUCAUUCCAUCCAUCACUCACAGUGUUUUUGUAUUAGGUUUGUGAGAUUAUGUUAGGUGCUAUGGACUGCCUGUCUUACAGUUCUAGACAGAAUGUGGUUGUAACUAUUCAGGUUUAAGCUGUUUGAUAAAAGAUUUACAUGAAAACACAGAUUUAUGUAACUUUACAAAGCUUUUGCCAAUCUUGGUAAACUUUUUUGACUGUAUGGCAUCAGCCAGUUGCUAUACAUUAUGCUUCAUCCAAAAACUGCCUGCGUGGAUCUGUUGCAUCCCAGGUAUUGUUCAAAAGAGGUCAUUUUUUUAAACACAAAAAGCAAAUGUUUUCUAUGUAUGUCAGUUAUUAAAUUGUUUAAGUUUUUAAUUCUUUAGGCUUAUGAUAAUAUUCAUUGUACUUUCAUCAAGAAGUUCAUCAUCAGAUAAUAUGAAAAUAUGUGACCCUGACUGUGAAAUCCACGCUGAAAUCUCUAUUUAAUUAUGAGAUUUGGAGCAUGAAAGAUUUUUCAGUCAUUGAUUUUAAUCUUUGACAUGACCUUAAAGAUAUCAAGGUUGCAAUGAUUUUAUUUAGAAAAUCACCACACAAUGACUAGCUGGAUUUUCACAGGCAAGGUCACAUAUGCUUCUGAGUUUUGAACUUCUCAGAGAUCUUAAUCACAAUUCCUUUCAAUUUAGAGGUUGUUUUUUAAAAUAUUACUUUUUUUGUGAAGAUAUAGAGCAAUUGCUUUACAAAGCUGCUUGUAAAUGAAUGUCUUUAGGUCAGCGUAAUGAUGCAUAAAAUGUGAGUAUUGCACUGAAGGCAGGGCCUAAUUAAUAAUGAAAUGAAGGCUGCUGCAUUCAGCAUCGCAUCGCACUGUUAACACUGUUCUUCCUGGACAUGUCAUUUUGUAACAUAUGGAAUACUUAGAAAAGAUAUCAAAAUAGAAUGGAAAUGAUGUUGUGCACUAAAGGGGAUGCCUGGAUAUUUUUUUUAUUUAGUGGUCCCGAAAUGUGAAAUCCUCUAUAAUAAGCUGUAUUUUGAUUACACACAGUAAUUUAGUUUUAAAAUAUUGCUCAUUUGGAAGAAAUGCUGUAUGUGUUAUAUUGAUACAUGUUAUAGAAAACCAACAAUUGUUGGUUAUGUGUUCUAUUUGUUUCUUUUAUUGUAAUGCCAGACAAUGAAAUGAUGCAAUUUUCAACUUUGUUAAAGUACUUGCAAACAAGUAUACCUCCAUGAAAAUCAUACUGUGGUGAGAGAAAAUGUUGAGAGUUCCUAAAGGAGCUCAGAUACACAGUUUAUGAAUGCAUUUAAACUGAAGCUAUUUAUGUUGUUUCUGUUCUGUUAUUUACUGCUUUGAUACCUACUGCUUCAUUACGCACCAAUUGAUUAUGUAGAUAAUAUCAUCUUUUCAUUUGAGUUUUCAUACAGAGGUGCUUCUCCUUACAGUCCUUAAUGUAUCAAUUGAAACCAUCGAAGCAGCUAUUUGAAUACGACCCCAAUCACUUUUUACUUUUGUCAAACUGAUUUUCCAACAGCUAAUUCGAUAUCAUCACAAUAGCAACAUAUUUUCUGAUGAAUGUGAAAUGGAAAUUAAUCAAAUUUACUAACGUAUUAUAGUUCAUACUGCAACUUAAUGUUUUGAGUUAUAACUCCUUAAUCUGCAUGUUUUCUUACCUUUAACAAGGGUUUGUUUUGAAUUAAACCUUGUAGCUUAAUUUACAAGACACUGUUUGCUACAAAAGUUGUUUGCGGGCAGUAUCCAACUGUUUACAGUACAGCUCUAUCAUGUUUAAUACAGAAUUAAGAUGACCAUUUUAACAGCUUGCUAUUUGUCUGUCGCCAAUGAGUGGCGAAAUAAAUAAAUUUUCAGACACAAUGAAGUGCCGACCUGCUAUUUACUCAUUAAAUUUGACACAUAUUGAACUAAUCUCAAGAUUUUUUCCUGCUGUGCAUGUGUUGGUAUUUUUAGGCAAACACAUGAAAUGGUUUUGUUGACAUUAGUAAAUCCAUUGGCUAACAUGAAUAAACAAUGAUCAACAUAGUUUUUCAGCCCUUACUAAUCUUUGAUAGUGUUAGUUAAUGCCAAUACAGCUAAUCGUGUUGUUUUAUGGUGCAUUAACUAAAGUUAACAGUUGUAUUAAAUUAGAAAAUGCUGAAAGAUCUGUUGUAUAGGACUUGAUGUUGAUAUCCCUUAAUGCAUACUGGAGGCACCGAUGAGACUCUGUGGGAUAGUUAAUUGAGUGACCCUCUGCCACACUACUCCUCAGCCCUUCCAUCUCCUGAGG